AUGUUCACCGCAAGAUCAAUUGGUCGUCAGGCCUUCUCAUUGUCUAAGCGAUCUCAGAUUCGUUGGGUAUCAUCUUUGGAGGGCAAACCGUACAUAUAUGUCUUUCCCAACAAGGACGCCUCAAAUGGAAGCCACAUUCUCUCCUUACUUCCAACCGAUCCUGUCAAUCACGAGCUAGCUAUCGGAGUCUCGACCAAAUUGCCGCCCACCACAGAUUCAUUCACGGAGAACCCCAGGUUCCUAGGCACACUCCAAGAUGUGGUAUCCAAACAUGCGCACGAGGAUCCGGAUGCCAAAUCGCAGGCGCAGGUCAUGGCAUCAACGUCCGGAGCAAGCCUGAGCUCCGGCGGCGUGCUGCUGACUGGGCAGCGAGGCAGAAGACGCCGCGCAGAAAGUGGUGACUCUAGUGGCGGAGCCAGCGGUCAAGGCGGUGCGGGCUCCGGGGGCAGAGGCGGCUGGAUCCAUAUAUCUGACAACCGGCGGCCGCCUGAAUUUGGAAGAAUUGCUUGUUUGGGAUUGAGCCCCUUCCUUCGAGAAAAGUUGGUGCAAAGAUUGCGCGAACUUGAGAAGAAAUAG